AUGCCAUUUGGUCUGAAAAAUGCGGGAUCAACAUACCAAAGGUUGGUGAAUAAGAUGUUCAAGGAGAAGCUGGGGGACAUAAUGGAGGUCAACAACGAUGACAUGGUAGUCAAAUCCAAAAAAGAUGAGGAUCACCUCAAGGAUCUCGAGGAAGCCUUCGACAUCCUAGACCAAUAUAACAUGAAGUUGGAUCCCUCCAAGUGCCACUUUGGGAUGAGAUCGAGAAAGUUCCUGGGAUGCAUGGUUACCAAAAGAGGAAUCGAAGCAAGACAAAAACAAAUGAAGGCCAUCCUUGAUCUGAAAUCACCUCCCUCGAUAAAGGAUAUCCAAAGAUUAACAGGAAGAGUGGCAGCCCUAAACAGGUUCAUCUCAAGAUCCCCAGAAAGAUGCAAGCCUUUCUACGACAUCUUCAAGAAAAACAAAAUAUUCAAGUGGACCCAGGAACACGAAGAUGCUUACCAAGAGCUUAAAAAACAUUUAAGCUCGCCACCUCUAUCGGUAAAACUACUAGAUGGGGAACCAAUCCUUCUUUACCUAUCAGUAUCCUUAAGCGCAGUAAGCGUUGUACAAGCCAAGGAUCUCGAUGGGAACGAACAUCCCAUAUACUAUGUAAGUAAAAAUAUCCUGGAUCUUGAGACCAGAUUUGUGGCAAAAUUUAGUGAUGAUCUAAGAGCUAAAGUCAAAAUAGAAGCCAAACAACUUGUAGAAGAGGAAAACAUGGGAAGAUGGAUUCUAUUCACAGAUGGAAUAUCGAACCAAAGAGGAACUGGCUUGGGGAUCAUACUAAAAUCGCUACAUGGGGACAUCCUACCCUAUGUACUCCGCUGUGAAUUCAAUGCAACCAACAAUGAAGUAGAAUACGAAGCACUAAUCAUGGGAAUACAGUUAGUCAAGGAUCUUCAAAUCAAGGAUCCUCAUGUAUUCAUCGAAUCUUUGCUACUAACUAAUCAUUUUAAUGGAUCCUAUGUAGUGAAAGGAGAGAAGCUAGUUCUAUAUCUCCAAAUCCUUAAAAACCUGGCCUCAAAAUUCAAAACAUUUACCCUAAACCAGGUUCCUAGAGAAGACAAUGCUGAAGCUGAUGCUUUGGCCAAUCUAGGAUCUUCCUUAAGGAUCCCCUUGGAGAACAAGAUCCUUAUAGCCUACGUAUUGACCCCGAAAAUCGAGGAUCCCAUUGAGGGACUAAGAAACCCCAACGAUCAUGAGGAGACUGUCGACGUUGCCGCGAUCGAGGAUCCCGACUCAACGACCCAACAUCAGGAUCCUAACAUCCAAGAUCCUUCUCCGACCUUAGGAUCCUAG